AUGUCGUCCUCUCGUCCACUUCCGAAAACUAUUCUAGUUUUUGAUGUCGAUGGAACACUUACAGCUGCUCGGCAGCAAAUCACCCCAGAAAUGCGAGAAUUUCUGAUUGAGGCGAGAAAACGAGUCCCGUUGGCUGUGGUUGGCGGGUCGGACUUUAAAAAGAUCACCGAACAAUUGGCUAAUCACGACACUGAUUUGGUGCUCUCUCUAUUUGACUACGUGUUCUCCGAGAAUGGACUGCUCGGAUUCAAGGGAACAGAACCGUUUCCAGUUCAGUCAAUUCAAAAAGCGAUUGGAGACGAUAAGCUGCAAGAGCUCAUCAACUUUGCUCUCCGCUACAUGUCGGACAUCACUCUGCCAGUGAAACGUGGAAAUUUCGUGGAAUUCCGAAAUGGAAUGAUAAAUUUGUCGCCGAUCGGACGGAGCUGCUCACAAGACGAGCGAAUGCAAUUCGUUCAAUUCGACACCGAACACGGAAUCCGUCGGAAAUUUGUGGAGGAAUUGGAGAAGAAUUUCGGAAAAUAUGGACUUCAAUUCGCAAUUGGCGGGCAAAUAAGUGUCGAUGUGUUCCCGACGGGAUGGGAUAAAACGUUCUGUUUGAAAUAUAUUGAAAACGAGUUCGACGUGAUUCAUUUCUUUGGUGAUAAGACGGCGCCCGGUGGAAAUGAUCAUGAGAUUUAUGCGGAUGAGAGGACGAUCGGGCAUACGGUAGAGGGACCGGAGGAUACGAGAAGACAAGUCGAGGAGGUGCUCAAGGAGCAUUAA